AUAGUGAUUCUGUGCAAUUAAAAUUCUGUGGAUUUCGAUUUCAUUCUGGUUUUAAAAAAGUUUGUUUUGUUGAUAAAAUUUUGCAGAGGUAAAAAAGUAAUACAACAAUAACUCAAAAUGAAUUACGGUGAUAUGCAUAGGUUUUUCUUACGAACAGUGGCAAGUCAGGGAAUAUUGAGUGUCUCAAAAGCGCAGGACGUUUUAAAUAAAUCUUUUCCCGAACAAUUUAAAACUACAAUAGGAGAUCUGAUACAAGAGGUUAACAAAAAAAUAAAACCUUUUGAUCAAAAGAUCAAAAUUGUAUACAAUGAUGAAACUUCAGAGGAAAAUCUGGUUUUCCUCUUCAUUGCAUCUGAUGAUGCAGCCAAAUCGCAGACUAUAUUUUCACCACAAGAGCUAGAAUUCUUCAGAAAAAUAAUGGAGGAGAUCAUGACAACAGAAAAUAGACAAAUAGAUUCAAACUAUGCUUUGAAUUUAGUCAAUAAUUUGAAAUUGACUAAAACUGAAGCACAAAAAUUGCUCAAGAUGUGGUGUACAAUGUAUUAUCUUGUUGAGAAAAAUACAAAUUACGCUCUCGGGCUACGUGCCAUACACGAAUUUGAAGGGUACAUGCUCGAGAACAUGCCAGAUAUUAUACAGAAAUGCUGUCUUUGUAAAGACAUUGUCUACCAGGGUUACAAUUGUCCAUUUUGUGAUAAAGCUGUUCACACACGAUGUUUAAAUGCGUACGGGCGAGCUAAAUGGCCAUGUUGUAAGGAAGAUUUUGAUGAAGCUCAGCUCGAGAGAUAUAAUCAAGGAAGCUUUGAAGAUAUGGCAACACCACAACCAAGCACCAGUAGGAGUAGCCAAGCCUAUCACAGAUCAAACAGUAUUGAGGAGAGUUUGGAUGUAUCACAACUGCAGCCCAGCACCAGUCGCACUCAGAUACUCAGUAUGGACACUUCAGACGAUGAGUUCGAGAUGACCCAGGGGUCUACAAUACCAGGAAUUUCACAGAGGAUUGGUAGAAAAAGGAAAAGGCCCACGAGGGAUUAAUAUUUUUAUAAUGAACAGAAGGUACGAGAAAUGUAAUUGAUUUAUUUUGUUAUUCAUCAGGCGAAAUACCGACAAAUCAUUAUCAGCCUAUUUUACAGGAACAAGAGACUCCUUACAGGAGAGCGGAUGUAGAGCUUAGACCCACCAUGCUGUUCCAAUGCUGGUUGGCCGGCUUAGGGUGAUAAUGUUAAAUUCAUUUACAACCACAAUCAGAUACAAUAAUACAAAUCUUUAUUGGUAAAAAUAUACAAGGUUUAUCAAAAAUCAUUGUUGAGACCUUCUUUUGGGCAGGCGCCUGUGACAGAAAGCCUCACUCUGCCAUAGCUACGAUACGAGUAACAUUUCACACAUGCACACACACCUAUACAUUCAUACAUGAAUGUAUAGGUACGUGUGUGUGUAUUUGUGUGUGUGUGGUGUUGUUAAUGAGAAUGACCGGGUCCAAUGAAUAACGUGUUCUGCGAGGAACACCAGGGUGUAGCACCACCAACUUCCCAUUUCUGGGCUAAGAAUUGUAAUAAAAUGUAAAGAAUAAAAAACUCAACCCAAGAUUCGAACCCAGGACCUCAUGAUCUGAAGUCACACUCCCAUGAUAUGCGGGCGACGGGGAGGAAAGGACUGCGCGCGGGGCAGAGGCUGGAAGUGGGGUGCAUCAGUUGUAGGUUUAUCUGUCAUCGAGGUUAUCUAAACACCUCCCGACCCCUGCAGACCAUCUUGAAUUUGCCAAAAUAUAACGUUCCUGUUCCCCUCAAAAUUAUGACAAUAGUCUAGAAGGUUGAGAUGGAACUCAUGACCACUUGUGUUGUCGUGUUGAGUCUAUUACCGUGGAGCUAUUGAGCUUUCUUUCUAUUUUUUUUUUUGAAUUUCAGGGCUUUGUUGUCGGUUUUUCUUAAAGAAUAGCAAAAUAUAUCAAUUAUUAUUCAUUAAUGUUUUAUUCUACUUUUAAUUUCUUGAAUUCUAAUUUAUAAAUAAUGUAUGUGAUAAUUUACCUCUCAACAAUAAUAAUUAACAAUGUAAAACGGCUGUGUAUUGUUGAAGUUAAUUAAAAUGAGACCAAAAUUAACAUAAUUUUUAAUUAUACUGAAUUUGAAUUACGAUUAAGUUACACUAGUUAUUCAUAUUGUUAUGUUAUUACUAUUAGUUAACUAUUAUGAUUAUUUUAGUUAAAGUUAAUUAAAUUAAAAUAAUAGCUGUUAUGUUAUAAUCCUUAAGGAUUUAAUGUUUACUUAUUAAUUAAUUAUAAUUAAUUAUGUUACUGAAAGUCUAUAGACCACUCAGACCAAUUACGUAAGAACUUGCCUUGCUAGACGUCACCCCUCUGUCAAAGUAUAAGAUCAACGAUCUAAUGCUUAAUCUUAUUAAAACUGUCUCUAUAUAAUCGCUAUUUCAUAGUUUUCAUUGUGUAAAGAACAUCGUAAAAUGCCUUUUUGUAUGGUUAAAUGGUGUAAAAAACGGUUAUAAAAUUUUAAAAAAAAACAAUAUCUAAAACGUCCAGGGCGCGUAGAAACCGUCAUAAUAAACAUGUACCGAGGAAAUAACAUAAGUAUAUUAAUUUUACGUAAACUGACAGUAUUAUAGAAAUAGUAGUAGCAAGUAGUAAGAUUAUUUCAACGAAUAACCGGUAUUUACGUAAUUUUGUUGAAAUCAUUAUGUUAUAUAUUCGUAAAACGAAAAAUCUCUGUCAUAUGAUGUAAUCAAGAUCAUUUCGUUGAAAUAACUGUGUUAGAUGAUCACAAUUAGAAAAUUCGAUGAAAAGCGAUGUAAUGUGUUAUUAUUUGAAUGGUACACCGAGUUACAUAAUAACCCUGCUGGUGAUAUCGUAGUGAAGGGCUAAUUUGUCAUAGAAUAAAAAAUUUCCCUUUUUACCGCAAUAUAUUUUUCAGUCAGUUUUUAUAUUUUUCUGGUAAUGAUACAGUAAUAAACAAAUAAAACUAUUUUGUAUAUUUUUACAA